AUGCCCUUGAACCUCCCCGGCAUCCUUGCUCUUCUACAUCUUCUCAUCAAUCCGCGGCUUGUGAUACCAUCCAUAGCCGUUAAAGGUGAAAGGCCUGUCUUUCCAGAGGGAGUCGGCUACCGUGGUGUAGUCUUUGACAAGGAUAACUGUCUGGUAUGUGCUAUCGUACAAGCGGAGGGGUUUGAGCUUAUCCAGUCGCAGACCAUACCGCAUCAGGAUGCAUUGAUACCAGCGCUGAAGCAAGCGUGGGAUGAGUGCCGGGAGACCUUUGGAGAUAAAAACGUGUUAAUUGUGAGCAAUACCGCUGGAUCGCAUCUGGAUGGAGGAGAUAUUCAGGCUGAGUCUGUAGCCCAUCAUCUCUCUGUCGCAGUACUCCGGCACUCGUCCUUCAAGCCCUCAUAUUCCUGCAUAACAUCCAUACGGGCUUAUUUCGCUUCCCUCCCAACUCCUGUUGCAGAUAAUGAGCUGGUCAUAGUCGGGGACCGCAUUUUCACAGACAUCGUCAUGGCCAAUCGGAUGGCUCGAAGGUUUGUGCCAAGGCCAAGCGUUCACGAGAAGGAGUUUCAAGAGGAGAAGACGGUCACCCGGAGAACGGGCCCGUUGGCAGUUUGGACGGAGAAUGUUUGGCAGAGGGACAACACCUUACUUCGGUGGAUGGAGAAAGGUGUCAUGCGUGGCAUGGAGCGGUGGUUUGUUAACCCUCGCGAUCUCACUGCAAGGGAAGAACUGAGAAGGAGAUUUGUGAAGGAUUUACCGGUAUCGGAGCUCAGUGCCACAACCGAGGGGUGGCUGCACAAGCUGUGGACUACGUUCCGCAAAUACAAGAUUGUCGCGCUUGCGAAGCCGGAACGCAAACCGCUUGGAAUUGCUGUUGGUCUCUUGGUUGUGUCUUCUUCAAUAUCCUUGAGUGUGCCCUUCACGGUCGGAAAGCUCAUAGAUUUCUUCACGUCCACGGAACCCCAAAUACCGCUAAGCCUCUCGUUGUGGCAAGCUUCUGCGCUACUACUGUUACUCUUUACCACCGGUGCCGUGGCUAACGCUGGACGUGCCAUGCUAAUGCGUUUGUCGGGUCAGCGGAUAGUGGCUCGUUUGCGCGAGCGGAUGUACGGUGCAGCUCUCCGGCAAGAAGUGGAAUUCGUUGAACGUGGCGAAGGGGAUGUGCUCAGCAGACUUAGCUUGGAUUCCAGUAUUGUGGGUGAAAGCUUGACAAACAACUUGUCGGACGGCCUACGUUCUGUGAUCAUGGCUUCAGCUGGUCUUGGUGCUAUGUUCUACAUCUCACCCACAUUAACGUUAUUGAUGCUCACGGUUGUUCCUCCUGUCUCGCUUGGUGUCGUGUUCUACGGUCGAUAUCUCAAGCGAUUGUCGAACAAGACUCAAGAAGCUCUGGGCGACAUGACCAAGGUUGCGCAAGAAUCCCUCUCUGCAAUGCGUACAGUUCAAGCGUUCAACGCGCACCCUCAUGAAGAACGGAAAUUUCACGAGAAAGUUGGCAAUGUGCUUUCUCUUGCACGAAAGGAGGCAAUCGCCAGCGGAAUCUUCUUCGGUAGUACAGGGUGGAGUGGUAAUGUUACUCUUCUGGCUCUUCUCGGUUAUGGAGGAUCUCUAGUUACUCAGGGAGCAAUCACUGUUGGAGACUUGACCAGUCUGCUGUUGUACACAGUAUAUGUUGGAAGUGGUCUACAGAUGCUAACCUCGUUCUUCUCGUCCAUUAUGCGGGGCGUCGGUGCCGGUGUCCGCAUCUUCGAGUUGCUGGAUCGCAAGCCAGCAAUUCCUCCAGAUACAGGUAUUAUAGUAGAUCACUCGCGCCGCGGUCCUGUUCGAUUUGAAGAUGUCUGCUUCGAGUAUCCGAGCCGACCAGGGGUACAGAUCUUGAAAGAUUUACAUUUAGAGGUGAAUGUCGGUGAGAGCGUCGCGAUCGUCGGAAAGAGUGGAAGUGGCAAAUCGUCCAUCAAUGCUUUAUUGAUGAGGUAUUAUGACCCCGUCAGGGGCAGAGUUACUUUUGAUGGGCAAGGCAGUCUAGACAUCCGAGAGUUUAAGCCUUCCUCGUGGCGUAAUUUGAUCGGCGUUGUCCCUCAGGCUAGUGGAACAAUUGCGUCGAACAUAGCCUAUGGUAACGAGUCAGCUACUCGCGAGCAGAUUGAAGCUGCGGCUCGUGAGGCCAACUGUGAAUUCGUGUGGGGAAUGCCGCAUGGUUUCGAUACAGAAAUCGGGCGAUUGAGUCUCAGUGGUGGCCAGAGACAGCGCCUAGCCAUCGCCCGAGCCUUGUUGAAGAAGCCUGCGAUCUUGGCCCUUGACGAAGCCACUAGUUCCCUAGAUGCAACAUCCGAACAUCGGGUCAACGACGCGAUUGACAAAAUUCUUAGGUCGAGACAGACAACAUGCCUUAUCGUCGCGCAUCGCCUUUCGACGAUUGCGCGGGCAGAGAAAAUCGUUGUAUUAGAAGGUUCGCCUUGUUCCGCUAAGUUUGUGAAGCCGGGUGACCGAUGGUCGUGGCUUACUCUUCCAGAUGGACACAUCAGUGAGGCGGGAACAUUUCGCCAACUGGUCAACAACGAGAACUCAAGGUUCCGGGAGCUCGUGGCUGCCCAGCUCAACGCCGCCGCCGGUGAAUCUACCUUAUCCAGCUCAGCAAAGCCAACACCGACAAUUACAAUAAAUUCACACACCCCCUCCCCACCGCCUCGACCCGAGGCACAGCUGUAG